UAAGGCCUGGGGCCAUGUGUACUCCCGGUGGGGAAGAAGAAGGUAGUCAUGAGUCAUUGUAGAAUCCUAAUGGGCCUUGCCUGUUGUUCCUGAUGAUUGUAGCUCAGAAAGUCAUAGGGUUCUCUCAGCUUCUAGCCUCCUGUGUAAACCUUUCAGUUGCAAAAUGCUCUUCAUUUUAAUACAAAGAACGAUCUUUGCCAUUUGGAAGAUUUGGACAAGAAGGCACCUUCUGCUCUGCCGCCUCACCUUCUCCUGGAUGAAUAUAAUUUUGCUGAUGCUUCUUUCCCUUUCUUUGGAGCAGACUGUGGCAUCAUAUGGCAAGCAAGUAAAACAGAAACCAGGAGUGUGCCCCAAAGAGAGGAUGAACUGUAGCACUACCGAUUGGAAAGUGUGCCGAACAGAUUCUGACUGUGACUAUUUCCUGAAGUGCUGUCUUUUUGCCUGUGAGAGCAAAUGCAUGGAUCCAUACCGAGGUAAACCUUGCAUGCUACCAUUACAAGAAGGAAACUGUAAGGAAAAUUUGGAUCGCUGGUAUUUUGACUUUGAACAAUAUCAAUGCAGACCCUUUGUAUACAGCGGCUGCAGUGGGAAUGCCAAUAACUUCCCCAGCAAAGAUACAUGCAAGAAGUCCUGCGAGGAAGUUGUCAAGAAAGGACAAUGUCCACUCUUUCCCUCUGAUAGUCGGAUAGAAUGUCCACCACGAUGUAAGAGUGACAUAGAUUGCCUUGAGGAGGACAAAUGUUGUGAGUCCACUUGUGGCUUUGUUUGUGCCAACACCUGGACAGUCAAAGCAGGUAUUUGCCCUGUUGGAAAGAAAUGUACCAAGAUUAAUAAACCAGAGUGCCUGAAGGAUGCUGAUUGUCCACUGAAAGAGAAAUGUUGUCCAUCUUGUGGGCUGAAGUGCCUGCAACCCCAAAGCUCAACACCAUAAUGAAGAAACUAGCUUUGAUAUCCCAUUAACCACGGGCACUCUUCUGUGAUGUUUUCCUUUGCCACAUACUCAAAGCAAUGGGACAAAGCAACGAUGGGUUGAAAUUGCUAAAGCCAUGAAAGAAAAUAAAACUU